GGAGCACGAGGUCCCGGAGGCAGAUGGGGAAGUGGUGGUCCCGGGGGAAGACCGGGCCGUCGCCCACAUGGUCCCCCACCACCACCGUUCCUUAAGGAUGUAAACGAAGUGGCCAGAAAUGAAUACUUCGCAAUCUUGAGAGACAUGAACAAGACCAUUACCCAGCAAAAGCAGGAAAUCAACACAUGGGCUGAGAAAUAUGGAAUCGCGGAUGAAGUUAAAGAGUUCGACGCUAACAUGACUAGAUUCAAAGAAGAAAUCAAGAAAAACGUUACCGAACUCGUCUCCAAACUUCCUCAAGCUGUGCAAAGAGUUUCCGAUAUCAUGGAUAACGAAGAUCAGACCCCCAGAGAAGUUUUCGAGAAUCUCAGAAAGCUCACCGAAGAGAACCCAAAUGUGACUGACAUCUUCAUGAAACCCCGAGGUGGUCCCCGAGGUGGUCCCCGAGGCGGUCCCCGAGGAGGACCAGGAGGACCAGGAGGACCAGGUGGACCAGGAGGACCAGGAGGACCAGGAGGACCCCCACCACCGCCACCACCAUUCGGAGGUCCUGAUGAUGAAUUUCAAGGACCCGGAUUUGGACAAGAAUUUGGACAAAAUAAUGGCUUCGGUGGUCCAGGAGGCUUUAACGGACAAAACAACCGUGACUUCAGAGGCUCUCGGGUUUAA